AUGAGAAGACAGCUGACCUCGGAGGCCUGUGGAACUAUCGACCUGGACAGAACAAUAUUGGCGCGCACACUGAUGGCGAGCACUGUUGUGAACACGUCCAAAGAAAUGAUGGCCUACUCAGACUUCCCACCACCAGAAGAUUGGCCGAAUUUUAUGCAUCAUUCAAAAGAGGAGGCCAGGAAUGACCGACAUCGAGGAUCCUCAUUCAAAGUGAACAAAUACUUGCACAUGUAUGCGGACCAUUUCGAUUUGAAACGCCACAUCCGGUUCAACACAGUAGUAAAGCAUGUUGCGGAAGACGGCGAUGGAUUCAGGGUGGAACUCGAGAAUGGAGAAGUGAACCAUUUCGAGAAGGUCAUACUGUGUACAGGACAUCAUGCUGAACCGAAACAUCCACAGCUCAGAGAUAUUGAGAAAUUCAAAGGACGUAUAAUGCACGCUUACGAUUACAGAGAUCCCAAAGGGUUCGAGGAUAAAAACGUGUUCCUGCUCGGAAUAGGGAAUUCGGCUCUGGAUAUUGCCGUGGACCUUGCAAAAGUUGCCAAAUCUGUAACGAUUUCAACAAGACGUGGUACAUGGAUUUUUAAUAAGGUGGCAGCCUGUGGAAUGCCUUAUGAUACUCUCUACAUGACAAGGUACUAUGACUGGUUCAUGGACAAUAUUCCCUGGACGGUGGCCAACGAUUUCAUGGAACAUAUAGUGCAACAGAGAAUGGACCACGAAUUGUAUGGACUCCGACCGAAUCACAGGCAAGGGGGUCUCCUAAGAGUACGCUACCGCGCUGACUCAUUCAAAGAUUUUUUGAAACAUUCAACAAUUUUUAAUGUUUCUGUUUUGAAAAACAAACAGGAAAAGCAAACAUUUAAGGACGAUAUCGACACCUUCACUGCUGAUAAGGUGAUCGUGAAAAACGGCAAGAGCUACGACUGUGACAUCCUUAUCACGUGCACUGGGUAUACGUUUGGAUUCCCUUAUCUGGACAAGAAGAUCAUAAACAUUGAG